UAUCAGUCUAGCCAGGCACAUGUGCUUACAGACCUUAGCUGUGCAAAACAGUGGUUAAAUAAUCACAAAAAGAAUGGAGGAGCUGGAUGACGAUGUUCCGGUUCACCGUAUGAGCAGCGUGCGAUUCCGGCUGUACAGCGCCAAUGACAUCCGGUCGCUGAGUGUGAAGGAGAUAACGAAUCCUCGCACGUUCGACCAGUUGCAACACCCGACUACCGGUGGACUGCACGACGCAGCAUUAGGUCCAUCGGAGCGUAACGAUGUCUGUACGACAUGCGGACAGAACUCAGUGUUUUGCCCAGGACACAUGGGCCACAUCCAGCUGCCUCUGCCCGUGUUUAACCCUAUCUACUUCAAAACGUUGUUUCAGAUACUCCGCGGUUGUUGUUUCAGGUGUCACCGCCUGUACGCGAAGUUGUCCGCGGGUCAGCUGUUGCCCCGGCAGAUAAAGCUGCUGAACCGUGGCAACAUCUCGGGGGUGUGGCUGCUCGCUGAUCAUGCCUGUCAGCUGUUGGCCGAAACAGCAAACACGAAGAAAGAUGUGGAUAUCUCUCAGCAGUUGGAUGACUUCCUGCACGACAACUUCUCCGAAGAGCAUGGAGACUUCUUCAUUCGUUUCAUGCACACUCACGGACCUAAGUUAUUUCACUGGCCAAACGAAGAAGACACUUGUUGGAUUAGUGAUGGGGACAUCUUCUGUGUCAUUGAUACACCUUCUAUUGCAUCUUCUCGACGGAUGUACUCUCUGAGUAAAAAGGAUGAUGCUAGAAUUGCAAGACUAUUGGGGAAUAAGUCAGGGAUUGGUCCUGUUAUCACUGGAUACAACGUCUACGGUAAGUCGGGGAUUGAUCCCGUUAUCACUGGAUACAACGUCUCCGGUAAGUCGGGGAUUGAUCCCGUUAUCACUGGAUACAACGUCUCCGGUAAUUCAGGGAUUGGUCCUGUUAUCACUGGAUAUAACUUCUCCGGUAAGUCGGGGAUUGAUCCCGUUAUCACUGGAUAUAACUUCUCCGGUAAGUCGGGGAUUGAUCCCGUUAUCACUGGAUACAACUUCUCCGGUAAGUCGGGGAUUGAUCCCGUUAUCACUGGAUACAACUUCUCCGGUAAGUCGUGGAUUGGUCCCGUUAUCACUGGAUACAACUUCUCUGGUAAGUCGUGGAUUGAUCUGUUUAUCACUGGAUACAACUUCUCCGGUAAGUCAGGGAUUGAUCCCGUUAUCACUGGAUACAACUUCUCCGGUAAGUUGGGGAUUGAUCCCGUUAUCACUGGAUACAACUUCUCCCGUUAUCACUGGAUACAACGUCUCCGUGCUAUCAGAAUUUUUAAGUCUGAACUUAAACUGGACACAAGAGCUACAGAUAUCAGUAGCUGGAUGGCCAAACCCGAGAUUAAAGUCGUACUGGAAUACACUGGCCGGUUGGAAGAGGUAGUACGCGUACGCCUGUACGCGAAGUUGUCCGCGGGUCAGCUGUUGCCCCGGCAGAUAAAGCUGCUGAACCGUGGCAACAUCUCGGGGGUGUGGCUGCUCGCUGAUCAUGCCUGUCAGCUGUUGGCCGAAACAGCAAACACGAAGAAAGAUGUGGAUAUCUCUCAGCAGUUGGAUGACUUCCUGCACGACAACUUCUCCGAUACCGACCUCACCGAGAAGGAUCCCGUGAAGAACAUCGAAGCCGCUCGCAGACUAAUCAUUGAGGACUUCGUCAAGAUGCAUUUCGGACCGAAAACCAAGUGUCCACACUGCCAGUGCCGAAUAAGCAUCCUCAAACAGGAGUACAAUGCCAGACUCCUUCUGUUUGGUUCCUCACAGUCUGUAGAACAGAUCUUCCAGGAAUCACAGAAGAAACUGGAGCAGAAGAAGAGGACGAUGUCAGUGAAACCGGAAGUAGAUGAAGAGGAGGGCGAUGUUGAGAUUAUUGAGAUGGAACAAGACUCUGGUUCUCAUGGCGACCAGUCAUCUGGCAAGACGAAGCUUGGGAUACCAGAUCUAGCAGUAACCAUGGUAACGCCGGUAGAUGCGAGGGAACACAUGCGAAAGCUGUGGAAGAAGGAAUCCGCCGUGUUGAAGAUGUUAUUCCAGUGUCUGUCGAGCACUCGCAACAUUGACCACCCCACAGACAUCUUCUUCCAUGAUAUUAUUCCGGUUGCUCCACCCAGGUUUAGACCAUUGUCUUGCAUGGGAGAGCGACGCUAUGAAAACUCUCAGACUGCGAACCUGUGUAAACUUCUCGAAGAUAAUCAGUUGAUAAAAGAGAUUUUACAACAGAUAAACAAGACAAAGGAGAAGGAAAACACUGAAGCUCUUCCAGAAAGCGUGAGCUCUGUUCCCGGGGAAACGCUGACACAGAAGCUGCAGUUUGCGUGGUCCCGCCUCCAGGCACAUGUCAACUGUGUGAUUGACAGCAGCCUCGACAGACUUUCGACCGACAAACAGCCAGGAAUAAAACAGCUCUUGGAGAAGAAGGAAGGUUUGUUUCGGAAACACAUGAUGGGGAAGCGUGUCAAUUUUGCUGCGAGGUCAGUUAUCUCCCCUGACCCAUGUAUCAACACCAAUGAAAUUGGAGUGCCAGAUGUGUUUGCAAAGAAACUGACGUACCCGCAGCCUGUGACACCGUGGAACUUCCACGAACUACAGCAGGCAGUUAUUAAUGGCCCGGUGAAACACCCUGGUGCUACCAUGGUGAUCAAUGAAAAAGGCUUGACAACUCGACUGUCAGAUACUAACCACAUACAGAGGGAAGCAAUCGCCAAGACACUGUUAACCCCUUCAGUGUCAACAAGCUAUCUCCUCAAACCCAAGAUGGUCUUGAGACAUCUGAAGAAUGGAGACUUCCUCUUGUUGAACCGACAGCCAUCGCUACACAAACCCAGCAUGCAGGCACAUCGGGUGCGAGUUCUGACUGGUCAGAAGACCCUGCGCAUGCACUACUCAAAUUGUAAGGCUUACAACGCUGACUUCGACGGUGACGAGAUGAACGCACAUUUUGUACAGAGUGAACUGGCCCGGGCCGAAGCUGCCAUCCUAGCGUCCACGGACAGCCAGUACUUGGUUCCAAAAGACGGCACUCCACUGGCUGGUUUGAUUCAGGAUCACAUGGUGUCGGGUGUGUGGCUCACGGUCAGGGGGACGUUCUUUAACAGAGUGGAUUACUGCCAGCUGCUGUACGCUAGUCUGCCAGACAAUCAUGGAUUUGUGAAAGACGUGGCUCCAGCUAUCAUCAAACCGCGUAAACUGUGGUCAGGUAAACAGAUCGUGUCCUCUCUGCUGAUGAACAUCAUCCCGGAUGGCCGACCACUCAUCAAUAUGGAUGGGAAAUCUAAAAUACCAGAAAAGAGCUGGCAGCGCCCGGGAAGACGGCGUGUACAGAACUCGUAUCCAGACAGUGACGUGAUGGGGGAGGGCGUCGUCGUGAUCCGGGGGGCACACUUACUGCAGGGUGUGCUCGACAAGGGACAUUACGGACCAACCCCCUUUGGUCUUGUCCACUGCUGCUAUGAGAUGUAUGGUGGGGAAGUUGCAGGAAAGCUAAUUACCUCCCUUGGGAAACUAUUCCGAGCUUACUUACAGAUCCGCGGCUUCACUCUCGGAGUGGAAGAUAUUCUUGUGACCAAACAUGCGAAUAAGUUGCGUAAGAAUUUCAUCGCGGCGUCCCCGGACUGCGCGGUGGACGUGGUGGUGACUGCGCUCGCCGUUGACCCCAACAUCUCCGACUCGGAUUUGGUGAGCAAGAUGAGAGCAGCUCACCUGAGUCGAGACGACCGGCCAAUGAGAGAGCUCGAUCUCGCCAUGAAGUCGAAGACCGACGAGAUACAGAACAACAUCACCAGAGCCUGCAUGCCCCAUGGUCUGCACAAGGCCUUCCCGUACAACAACCUGCAGCUGAUGGUGCAGUCUGGAGCUAAAGGGUCAACAGUAAACAGUAUGCAGAUUUCCUGCCUGUUGGGUCAGAUUGAGUUGGAAGGUCGCAGACCCCCUCUGAUGAUGUGUGGAAGAGCCCUCCCCUCGUUUCUACCCUACGACCCAACCCCCAGGGCAGGGGGAUUUGUGACUGGACGCUUUCUGACUGGUAUUGCACCACCGGAGUAUUUCUUUCACUGCAUGGCAGGGAGAGAGUUCCAAGCUGUGUACUCGUGUGGUAUAUUACAAGCUGUGUACUGCUCCUACUACAAUCAGUGCUACAUGAUUGUACUCCCCACCACAACCAGUUCCACGUGUGGUAUAUUACAAGCUGUGUACUGCUCCUACCACAAUCAGUGCUACAUGAUUGUACUCCCCACCACAACCAGUUCCACGUGUCGUAUAUUACAAGCUGUGUACUGUACUGCCCACCACAACCAGUUCAGUGCUAUAUUACAAGCUGUGUACUGCUCCUACCACAACAGUGCUACCAUUGUACUGCCCACCACAACCAGUUCCACGUGUCGUAUAUUACAAGCUGUGUACUGCUCCUACCACAACCAGUGCUACAUGAUUGUACUCCCCACCACAACCAGUUCCUACCGUGUCGUAUAUUACAAGCUGUGUACUGCUCCUACCACAACCAGUUCCACGUGUGGUGUCAAGCUGUCUGUAUACUGCUCCUACAACAAGUGCUACAUGAUUGUACUCCCCACCACAACCAGUUCCACGUGUGGUAUAUUACAAGCUGUGUACUGCUCCUACCACAAUCAGUGCUACAUGAUUGUACUGCCCACCACAACCAGUUCCACGUGUCGUAUAUUACAAGCUGUGUACUGCUCCUACCACAAUCAGUGCUACAUGAUUGUACUGCCCACCACAACCAGUUCCACGUGUCGUAUAUUACAAGCUGUGUACUGCUCCUACCACAACCAGUUCCACGUGUGGUCUGUGUACUGCUCCUACCACAAUCAGUGCUACAUGAUUGUACUGCCCACCACAACCAGUUCCACGUGUGGUAUAUUACAAGCUGUGUACUGCUCCUACCACAAUCAGUGCUACAUGAUUGUACUCCCCACCACAACCAGUUCCACGUGUCGUAUAUUACAAGCUGUGUACUGCUCCUACCACAACAGUUCCACGUGUGGUGUACAAGCUGUGUACUGCUCCUACCACAAUCAGUGCUACAUGAUUGUACUGCCCACCACAACCAGUUCCACGUGUGGUAUAUUACAAGCUGUGUACUGCUCCUACCACAAUCAGUGCUACAUGAUUGUACUGCCCACCACAACCAGUUCCACGUGUCGUAUAUUACAAGCUGUGUACUGCUCCUACCACAAUCAGUGCUACAUGAUGCCCACCACAACCAUUCCACGUGUCGUAUAUUACAAGCUGUGUACUGCUCCUACCACAACCAGUUCCACGUGUGGUAUAUUACAAGCUGUGUACUGCUCCUACCACAAUCAGUGCUACAUGAUUGUACUCCCCACCACAACCAGUUCCACGUGUGGUAUAUUACAAGCUGUGUACUGCUCCUACCACAAUCAGUGCUACAUGAUUGUACUGCCCACCACAACCAGUUCCAUAUGUCGUAUAUUACAAGCUGUGUACUGCUCCUACCACAACCAGUUCCACGUGUGGUGUAUUUCAAGCUGUGUACUGCUCCUACCCACCACAACCAGUUACAAUCAGUGCUACAUGAUUGUACUGCCCACCACAACCAGUUCCAUGUGUGGUAUAUUACAAGCUGUGUACUGCUCCUACUACAAUCAGUGCUACAUGAUUGUACUCCCCACCACAACCAGUUCCACGUGUGGUGUAUUUCAAGCUGUGUACUGCUCCUACCACAAUCAGUGCUACAUGAUUGUACUGCCCACCACAACCAGUUCCAUAUGUCGUAUAUUACAAGCUGUGUACUGCUCCUACCACAAUCAGUGCUACAUGAUUGUACUGCCCACCACAACCAGUUCCACGUGUCGUAUAUUACAAGCUGUGUACUGCUCCUACCACAACCAGUUCCACGUGUGGUCUGUGUACUGCUCCUACCACAAUCAGUGCUACAUGAUUGUACUGCCCACCACAACCAGUUCCAUAUGUCGUAUAUUACAAGCUGUGUACUGCUCCUACCACAAUCAGUGCUACAUGAUUGUACUCCCCACCACAACCAGUUCCACGUGUCGUAUAUUACAAGCUGUGUACUGCUCCUACCACAAUCAGUGCUACAUGAUUGUACUCCCAACCUGUGUUCCACGUGUCGUAUAUUACUGUGUACUGCUCCUACCACAAUCCACGUGUGGUGUAUUUCAAGCUGUGUACUGCUCCUACCACAAUCAGUGCUACAUGAUUGUACUGCCCACCACAACCAGUUCCACGUGCGGUAUAUUACAAGCUGUGUACUGCUCCUACCACAAUCAGUGCUACAUGAUUGUACUGCCCACCACAACCAGUUCCAUAUGUCGUAUAUUACAAGCUGUGUACUGCUCCUACCACAAUCAGUGCUACAUGAUUUGCUACAUGAUUGUACUCCCCACCACAACCAGUUCCACGUGUCGUAUAUUACAAGCUGUGUACUGCUCCUACCACAAUCAGUGCUACAUGAUUGUACUCCCCACCACAACCAGUUCCACGUGUCGUAUAUUACAAGCUGUGUACUGCUCCUACCACAACCAGUUCCACGUGUGGUUGCUACAUGAUUGUACUGCCCACCACAACCAGUUCCACGUGUCGUAUAUUACACUGCUCCUACCACAAUCAGUGUACAUGAUUGUACUCCCACCACAACCAGUUCCACGUGUCGUAUAUUACAAGCUGUGCUACAUGAUUGUACUCCCCACCACAACCAGUUCCACGUGUGGUAUAUUACAAGCUGUGUACUGCUCCUACCACAAUCAGUGCUACAUGAUUGUACUGUACUGCUCCCACCACAACCAGUUCCACGUGUGGUAUAUUACAAGCUGUGUACUGCUCCUACCACAAUCAGUGCUACAUGAUUGUACUGCCCACCACAACCAGUUCCAUAUGUCGUGUCGUAUAUUACAAGCUGUGUACUGCUCCUACCACAACCAGUUCCACGUGUGGUGUAUUUCAAGCUGUGUACUGCUCCUACCACAAUCAGUGCUACAUGAUUGUACUGCCCACCACAACCAGUUCCACGUGUGGUAUAUUACAAGCUGUGUACUGCUCUACCACAAUCAGUGCUACAUGAUUGUACUGCUCCACCACAACCAGUUCCACGUGUCUGUGUAUUACAAGCUGUGUACUGCUCCUACCACAACAGUGCUACAUGUGGUGUACUCCCCACCAUGUAUAUUUGUACUGCCCACCACAACCAGUUCCAUGUGUCGUAUAUUACAAGCUGUGUACUGCUCCUACCACAAUCAGUGCUACAUGAUUGUACUCCCCACCACAACCAGUUCCACGUGUCGUAUAUUACAAGCUGUGUACUGCUCCUACCACAACCAGUUCCACCUGUGUACUGCUCCUACCACAACCAGUUCCACGUGUGGUAUAUUACAAGCUGUGUACUGCUCCUACUCCCCACAAUCAGUGCUACAUGAUUGUACUGCCCACCACAACCAGUUCCACGUGCUGGUAUAUUACAAGCUGUGUACUGCUCCUACCACAACCAGUUCCACGUGUGGUAUAUUACAAGCUGUGUACUGCUCCUACCACAAUCAGUGCUACAUGAUUGUACUGCCCACCACAACCAGUUCCACGUGUGGUAUAUUACAAGCUGUGUACUGCUCCUACCACAAUCAGUGCUACAUGAUUGUACUGCCCACCACAACCAGUUCCACGUGUGGUAUAUUACAAGCUGUGUACUGCUCCUACCACAAUCAGUGCUACAUGAUUGUACUGUCCACCACAACCAGUUCCAUGUGUGGUAUAUUACAAGCUGUGUACUGCUCCUACUACAAUCAGUGCUACAUGAUUUUCUACUAUGGGGAGGAUGGUCUUGAUGUGAUGAAGACCCCGUUCCUCACUCCCAAACAGUUUCCCUUCCUCGUGUGGAACAGAAAUGCACUGGAUGAGGUUAUCGUAUCUGACAAUCCCAGAAGCCUAAGAGCCAUUAAGAAAAUUAAUAAGAAGAUAAACAGCUGGAAGAAGAAAGAAGCCAAACGCAGCAGUGACGGUUCUAGGAGUUCUGGUUUCCUCAGGUUCUACAGAGAGCGAGCAUCCGACCUGACAGGCAAUACUGACAGAAAUACGAUUAUUCUGGGUUCCGGUCGAAUCCCAGCAGCUAGGACGCUGGAGAAGGCUUGGUUCGCGCUGUCUGCCGACGAGAGACGCAGAUACAGCCGACACUGUCAACGAUGCCCGGACCCAGUGAUGUCCGUGUAUAAACCGUCCGAACACCCGACCGUCCUAUCAGAGAAAAUACCAGACUUGCUCGAAGAGUUUGAUGAGGAUCACUUUACUAAGAUUCUGAAGCAAUGUCCUAGUCACACUGUGGAAGAUUUCCAGGUGCAGGAUUUCCGAGAUAUGUUGAUGGGGAAGGUACUCAGGUCUAUGGCAGAACCGGGGGAAGCAGUUGGGCUGUUGUGUGCACAGUCUAUAGGUGAACCAUCCACACAGAUGACCUUGAACACAUUUCACUUUGCUGGACGUGGAGAGAUGAACGUGACCCUUGGUAUCCCGCGGUUACGGGAGAUUAUCAUGGUAGCUAGUGCAACUCUGAAAACUCCAUCAAUGGACAUUACUGUGCGUGAUACAGGCAGCGCCCUCUACCAAGCAAGGAAGUUACAGAAAAAACUCAACAAAGUGGUGUUGUCUCAGGUUCUGCAAGAUGUAGAAGUGUCUGAAAUGUUGUCCAUAAACCACAAGUCCAAAUUCGACCGGUACCGUAAAUUCAGCGUGCGGUUUGUGUUCCUGCCGCAUGCGGUGUACAAGGAGAAUGUGUGUCUGCGACCAAGGCAGGUCCUCCACCAGAUGGAGGAGUCGGUCGUUGCGCAGCUCAUCGAUCACAUCAAACUCAAGAUGAAGGCCAUCCAGCAGGCCAAACAUCUCAACACGGGAGCCGUGCGCAGUAAGGCGCCAACCGAGCAGGAGACAACUGGAGGAGCUGAUGGAGGCGAUGACGAAGAACUUUCUGAUGCAGAACCAGAGGAGGGAUCAUCGUCGGCAGUGCGCGACCAGCGACGUCAGCAGGAAUCACAGGAGUAUGAUGGGGAGGAGCAGGAGAAAGAGAUGGUUGAAGAUAACGAUGACAAUGACUUGAUGGUAGGAGAAGAUACAAAUGAAGCGCAGUUUGAGGAGGAAUUCCAAGAUGAAUUGCUGAUAGAUGAAAGAACGAAGAAGGCGAAAAUGGCAUCAGAUAACAGAAUUCAGAACGUGAAGCAGAUAUCUCAGUCUAUCUGUGACUACAAGUAUGACACAAAAAACUCCAUGUGGUGUCAACUUACUUUGCAGUAUGGACUCACUGACAGUAAGAUUGACAUCACGUCGCUCAUCGAAGAGUUUGCGAAGAAAGCCGUGAUCCACCAGGUCCGGGGAAUCACACGCGCCUUUUUGGUGGAGGAGAAACGAAACAUGCAAUGUGUCUGGCAUCUCAAGACAGAAGGUGUAAAUAUACAAGAGAUGUACAAAUAUGCAGAUAUACUCGAUGUUAACCAGCUCUACACAAACGAUGUUCAUGCGUUUGCUAGGAUAUAUGGAAUAGAGGCUGCAGCUAAAGUUCUCAUCAAGGAGAUCAAGAACGUGUUUGGUGCGUAUGGAAUCCAGGUGGACUACAGACACCUUUCACUGCUCGCAGACUACAUGACAUUUGAAGGAAGCUACAAACCACUCAAUCGGAAUGCCAUUGAGUCAAAUGCGUCACCAUUCCAGAAAAUGACAUUUGAAACCACAAUGAAUUUUCUUGCAAAAGCGUGUCUGCAUGACGGGGUUGAUUUUCUGAAGUCGCCUUCAUCAAGAAUAGUGACAGGGCGGGUGGUAGCCUGUGGGACGGGCUGUUUUGAGAUACUGCAGCCCCUCGUGUAGUUGUGAACUAGACUGUGUGACUGUCAGUUGUAACUGUUUUGAGAUACUGCAGCCCCUCGUGUAGUUGUGAACUAGACUGUGUCACUGUCAGUUGUAACUGUUUUGAGAUACUGCAGCCCCUCGUGUAGUUGUGAACUAGACUGUGUCACUGUCAGUUGUAACUGUUUUGAGAUACUGCAGCCCCUCGUGUAGUUGUGAACUAGACUGUGUCACUGUCAGUUGUAACUGUUUUGAGAUACUGCAGCCCCUCGUGUAGUUGUGAACUAGACUGUCACUGUCAGUUGUAAACUGUUUUGAGAUACUGCAGCCCUGGUAACUGCAAUGGAUUCCAGCAUAUUUAGAUGUGAUAAGGAUAAAGAAAUUGAUCAUUCUAUGAAGUAGACCCGUUGAUAUGUAUUAAUUUUUCACUGGCCUUGGUAGUGUAGUGAUCAGUCUAGGAGGUGUAAAGCUGCGCUAUAAGCUGGGCUUGAAUACCACGACAAGCCAGAGUGAGGGUCUGCUCUCUUCGUGGAGGUGUAAAACCACCUGAUUCACUCCAAUAUCUGUGCCAGUGACAGUAUUCUUAACUUGAUUACUGCAUGAGUUUGAAACUAAAUUGACAGAUACAAGUCUCCACCCUGGAUCCAAUUACUGGCAAUGUCAGAAGUUGGACCCGUGACAGGCGUGCGUGAACCAUAUUUGGCUGUAUGAUUGUUGAACAGAGACUACCCUGACCCAGAGGGAGUCGCACUGAUUAGCACCCGCGUCCUUGUUGGUGGUAAAUACAUGAAAUAUUCCAACGGUCAAAACUGUAUUGAUGAACAACACAAAGAAUAUGUAUAAUUUACUUUAUUUUGACAUACAUAACAAUAAAUAAAAGACUGACAGUAGAUCGUAACAAUGUUUACAAACUGUUGUACCAAUCACACAUCACCAGGCUUCAGUUGACAAGAAAAGAAAUAAAAUUCUAGGAGUAUCACUGGUACUCCAUUAUUAA